UAUGAAAUUUUUAAAAGAAAAAAUAAAUUCCAAAUCAGGGGAUAUAGAGCCGCAAUCUCUUCGGUUUCACCAAUAAGGAAAUUUUUCCGUGCGGUGUAUCAAAUUCGUCCGACAAGGCACCCUGACCAAGUGCGGAGAAAUUUUCUGUUUCUGACUACCAGACUCAAUGGAACGCGCGUGAUUCAACGCCACCUACUCACCUCACUGCUCCGUAUAUAAAGCACGUGUCCCUCCCUCUUCCAAUGGAACAGAGCACCGGCUUCCAACUCUGCACGAUCUUUAGCCCAAGAAAUCAUCCAUACUAAGACAAAUCCCUCACGAAAACUACAAAUCAUAGCUUCGAGCACAAUCACUCUCACUAAUUCUGCUCAAAGGUUUUAUACUCGCCCAUGUAUGCCUGUGGUUCUAAAUUGAAAGUUUGUGUCCACUGGAACUCAAUUAAGGGAUAAACAUGAGUGGUGUACACAAGAAUACUAGCAUCUGUGAUGAUGAGAGUGCUCACUAUAGAUCAUUUGCAAGGCAAGGACCAAAUGGGAAUUCUGAUUUUCUUGAUCACGAAAUUGCUCAGCUCACAAAACUAAGAUCAGCACCCAGUGAAUUUUUAAGUAAGAAUGUACCUGGCAAGUUCAGGCUACCAGUCUCAACUGUGAAAAUGUUGGUUGGUCGAGAGUGUAAUUAUUCUGGGAGGGGAAGAUUCUCAACUGCAGAUGGUUGUCAUGUUUUAAGCCAAUAUUUGCCUGUCAAUGGUCCUUGUAGGGUGGACCGGAUGAAAAGCCGUGCUUAUGUUUCUCAGUUUUCUGAUGAUGGUACUCUUUUCAUUGCAGGAUUUCAGGGAAGCCACAUUAGGAUAUAUAAUGUGGAUAAGGACUGGAAAGUUCAGAAAGACAUUUUAGCCAAAAGUUUGAGAUGGACAAUUACUGAUACUUGUCUUUCACCGGAUCAGCGCCAUCUUGUGUAUGCUAGCAUGUCACCAGUUGUCCAUAUUGUAAAUAUUGGAUCUUCUGCAACAGAGUCACUUGCCAACGUAACGGAAAUUCAUGAUGGUUUGGAUUUUUCUUGGAAUGAAGAAGAUGAUGAUGAUGAGUAUGAGUUUGGGAUCUUCUCUGUGAAAUUUUCAACAGAUGGGCGAGAACUUGUAGCUGGAAGUAGUGAUAAUGCAAUAUAUGUUUAUGAUCUUGAGGCAAAUAAGAAUAGCCUCCGAAUCCAUGCCCAUCAGUCUGAUGUUAACACAGUAUGUUUUGCGGAUGAAACUGGCCAUAUCAUAUAUUCUGGAAGUGAUGAUAACAUCUGUAAGGUGUGGGAUAGGCGCUGCUUUACCGGCAGAGGAAAAGCGGCAGGGAUCUUGAUUGGACAUCUAAAAGGCAUUACGUUCUUAGACAGUCGUGGUGAUGGGCGUUAUUUAAUUUCAAAUGGAAAAGAUCAAACUACCAAACUAUGGGAUAUACGAAAGAUGUCCUCUAAUGCCACAUGGUGCAAAAUCGCUCCAAUUCUAGGAGAUACUGGCUGGGACUACAGAUGGAUGGAGUACACACCCCAUGCAAGAACCUUGAAACAUCCUCAUGAUCAGUCAUUGGCCACAUACAGAGGUCAUUCAGUCUUGCGCACUCUGAUUCGCUGUUACUUCUCUCCAGAAUAUAGCACUGGUCAAAAGUACAUUUACAGUGGAUCUAGCGAUUGUUCUGUUUAUAUUUAUGAUCUGGUGAGUGGGGCUCAAGUUGCAAGACUUGAUUAUCAUGAAGGUGCUGUAAGAGACUGUAGUUGGCAUCCUGUCUACCCUAUGAUGGUUAGCUCUUCCUGGGAUGGUGUCAUUGCCAAAUGGGAACCAGUUCCACCAAGACGGAGGUCAAGUAGGAGGCGGGCUUAUGGCAUAUAGUUGUACAAAUGCAAUUUUUGGCCUUCUUUUUGGAAGCUACGUUUAGUGAAAGCCCGAAGCUUUGUUGAUGCAUUUCCAUAAUAGGCAUAUAGAAAAUUUUUGUACAUGGAACUGUCAUGUAUAGCUAUACUUUGCUGUCACUUCUUCGGAAAUAUGAGCAGUUAGUAUAGCAUUGGUAAAAACUACAGGUUCCUUUUUGUGUUUGACAUUGAUACGGCAAUAUGUAAAAACUUUCAUUUUAUCUCA